CCGUCCUUCGCACGCGUUUCUUGAACGGUUUUAUUCUUUACGAAAAUACAAAUACAUAAAAUGGUGUGGUGUGUUGUACAUUUUGUUUUGGACAACACUGUGGAAGUAGUUCCUGGAUUCUGGUAUGCAAAAGGGAAUUGUGCUUGGCCAAGAUCGUCCAAAACUAAAGACAUAAAAAAAGCAAUAUUCAAUCAAGUACGACCAAAUAAGCUUGAUUUUUCGUUUUUUGAAGCACGUUGUUUGAGCAGUAAUAUCGACAGUUUUUCAAAGGCCCAAAAAAAAUGUGAGAUGGCAAAGGGUAAAUCUGACCUUUCUUCGACAGAAGAAGAUAAAUUAAAAAAGAAAAAAAUUAGAAGACAAAAUAGAGUUUGUUUACAAUCUGAUAGUGAACAAUCUGACACAUUAUCUGACAUGAACCAAAAUUCAAUACCAUGUUAUCAUUCUGCAGAUUCUAGUACUAAUAAAAAUAUUAUUGUAACCGACAACCAAAACAUAAAAUUUUUAAGACAGGAUAUUGUUCUUGAACGUCGACCUGAUGGUUGGUCGCCAUUAAAAGUCUCUAAAAAUAAUAAUAUUGUACCAGACAAAAUGAGCCCUGCAGCUACAUUGAAUGAUGAUAUUACUACAUCCUCUAAAGCAGUAACUCAUAUUUAUAAUGUCACACCUUUAAAAACUAUGAACAAGUCGAUUCCAAAAAUGCUGAUAAGUGGAAACAAAUCUGAUAACGGCAGUGUUAUUAUGUCUCCAUUAAAAACAUCCAAAUAUACAUCUUCAUCUCAGUCACACGGUGUAAAAAGGAGCCUAUUUGAUGAUAUUAAUAAAAGUCCAAAUAGGAGUGAUUCAAGUUUAACUGCCUGUACGCCAAACAAUUCUAUUAUUAAUGGAGCUAAGACAAGUUUAUUUUCAAACAGUCCAAUAAAGAUUUCUCCAAGACCUGGAUUAUCUGUCAACAAUAGUAUAUCCAUUAAAUCCACAGAAGGACCUACACCACUGUUGACUUGUGUUAUUGCUUACACCACUGUUGACUCCACGCCACGCCACUGAUGUAUUACAUUUAAGGUUGAUGAUUUUUUACCAGUUGAAUAG